CAAGUAAUGUCCACGGGAGACGAUGUCGCGACGCAGGGUGGGUUGGUGUGUGACUGUAUGCCUUGCGUGGUGAUGGUUGGCGCUGGACGCAGAUGUGAGAUGUGGAUAUUCGCGCGCGCCGAAAUUCCACGCGCGGCUUGCGCGUUACGCGCCCGCUGCCUUUCCAGUUCGCUUCCAGCAGUACUCCUGCGACAUGCACCACUGAGGCUCCUGCAUUCGCGCGCCGAGAAGUUCUCGUUACUUGUUGCUAACACUGAGAGACAAACUUGAAUGUGAACGUGAUUGUGAUUUUUAUCAACAAAUUGAAAACAUGAACGUUGGCUAGAGAAUAAAUCAAAGUGAUAAUAAAAUGUCCAGGUUUUGGAUGAGGGCAAUGCUAUUGGCAUGCAUUUGGGCAUGGCAUGAGGCAGCCGGAAACAUCGAGGAUGAUAGUGGUGACAAACUGUUCACAAUCGAUUCUUCGCCGAUGGCUAACAAUUGCACUUGUGUCAACGAACACGUGGAGGUGGAGUGUCGAUGUUCGGGGCAUCACUUCUACAAUGUUCCUUCGAAUUUAACCGCGGGACUUUCAGUUUUGAUAAUUGAAGAUGCUGGAUUGGAAGUCCUCAAAAGGGAUUCGCUCAUGCCGUAUUCAGAGACACUUCGAGAAUUGACGCUCGUCGGCUUGGAGAAGUUCUAUUAUUUUGAGCCGGGCGUAUUUCGCAACUUGAGCGAGCUGGAAACUUUAUACAUCCAUCGGGCGCCAAAACUAUUGAAAAUCCAGCCGGAGGUGUUCAGCGUCCAUCUACCCAAAUUGAAAAUACUACGCAUAGUCAAUACCGGAUUAGAGGAAAUGCCCAACUUGAAUGGCCUGCACACGGCGUCCGUACUGCAUAUGAUAGAUCUGGAGCACAAUCGUAUUCAGCGCAUCAAGUGGCAUCAGAUAAGCCGAGUGAAAACGGACCAACUGCUUUUAAACUACAACGACAUCCGCACCGUGGAAGAGGAAGCCUUUUACGGUUCCGAAAUAGCCAAGCUGAGCCUCAAAGGAAACGUGCACCUCGCGAACCUCCACCGGCGAGCCUUCGGCGAGUUGCACAGUCUGCGGCACAUCGAUUUGAGCAGCACGGCCAUCACCGCGAUUCCGCUGGAGGGAUUGCGCGAAAUCGACGUGCUGAAAGUCCAAGACACAGAGACACUCAAAGUUUUUCCAUCAGUAUACAACUUUCAGUACAUAAAGGAAGCCUGGCUGACCUACCCGUACCAUUGUUGCGCCUUCAAGUUUCCGCAUACGCACAACCCAAGGGAAUUCGAGCAGCAUCAGCGUUUCAUCAAGCGUAUGCAAUCGACAUGCUCCGGAAAGAAUGUCUCCAAUUCAUACAACCUUCCCGGCAGUAAUACUCAUAACAAUCCGACGUUCAAAGAUCUCCUGAAGCUGCAGCCGUCAAAUGCAACCAACCAUCAGCUGGUGCAGCAGCCUCAAUUUGUGACAAAAGACGUGCAACACGACGACGAUGGUAUGUGGAGUGACGAUGAGCAAGUUUUUCACAACGGCACGCUCGAUAUGGGCAGCGAGUUUUCCGUAACGACAGCCGUAUGCGGUGAAAUAUAUCGCAACUAUCACGAGGUGAAAUGUUACCCGGCCCCGGACGCAUUCAAUCCGUGCGAGGACCUCAUGGGAAACUGGGGCCUGCGUAUUCCCGUGUGGUUCAUAUCGCUAUCGGCGAUUAUUGGCAACCUCUUCGUCGUGAUUGUGAUAGCCACUUCGCAUUUUCGUCUCACCGUUUCGAAAUUCCUCAUGUGCAACCUGGCGGCUGCCGAUCUGUGUAUAGGCAUUCAUCUUCUGCUAAUCGCCGUCGUCGACGCGUGCUCCAUUGGAGCGUAUUUCAAUUACGCUAUUGACUGGCAAGAAGGUGAUGGGUGUCGGGUGGCGGGUUUCUUAACAAUCUUCGGCAACGUGCUCUCGGUGUACACGCUGGCGGUGAUAACGACGGAGCGAUGGUACACGAUCACCUGGGCGAUCCAUCUCAACAAGCGUUUAAAGUUACGCACCGCGGUGCGCGUAAUGUUCGCUGGUUGGUUGUGCGCCAUUUGCAUGGCGUCAUUACCACUAAUCGGCGUCAGCAGCUACUCCAAGACGAGCAUCUGCUUACCACUGGAGAGCAAGGGCAAAGCAGAUGCCAUCUACCUAUCCACCCUCUUGGCUUUCAACGCAAUCGCUUUCGCACUGAUUUGCGUGUGCUACGGUAGCAUGUAUCGCUCAAUUCGAGAAGGCGGCAACACGUGCUCCGUAACAUCAGUGCGCUCCGAUCUCACAGUCGCCAAGCGAAUGGCCCUGCUGGUCUUCACCGACUUUGCAUGCUGGGCGCCGAUUGCUUUCUUCGGAAUGACUGCUUUAUUAGGUCACCCUUUGAUUACUGUCACGCACACAAAAAUUCUGCUGGUGUUUUUCUAUCCGUUGAACUCAUGUGCUAAUCCAUGUCUGUACGCGUUACUUACACAGCAGUAUCGACGGGAUUUCUUUAUCUUAAUGGGGAGAUAUGGGCUCUGUAAGGAUCGAGCUGAACGACACAAGGGUGCCAUUGGCGGUAAACCAUUACCGUAUGGCGCGGGUGGGCAAUACAAACGUAGCGCCGGAGACACGCUGAAAACACACAGCGGUGGUAACACGAAUAAUCAUCGCGGGUCCGUGCUGACCACUGUAGUCAGUGUGGAAGUGCCAAUGCUGCACGGGACAAAUAGCUCCAGAAAUGGAGCGCGUGGCAGAUGCCGGGAACGAGACAAUGGUAAUAAAGUGCGUGAGUUUUCACUAAAACAUUUGAAUAAAGCAGACAUUGAUGAGUGUCGACAUUCAUUGCAAACGUCGACAGAUAAUUUGUAAAUUUAGCUAUAUACAAAUUGAUGUAAUAAGCGUGUAGACUGUAAAAAGAAAGACUUAGCUUAAAAAGCACGGUUAUAUGUCAUGGACGUUUAUGUUGCUAAUGUUAUUGAAAUUAAUAAGGGUAAUGUACGAAUGUAUUUGUGUACUUUAGGAACCUACGUUGAACCAUUCCUAUUCUUGUAAGACGUAGCGCCAUGUGAUCAAACAAUACAUGUAAACUUGAUACGUUAUUAAAUUUAAAGUUAUUUAUUUUA